UCAGUAGCAGUACUGUCGCACCGCACCUCGUCUUCCAUGGCUGCGCUCGCCGCCGGCUUUGCCAUCCUCCUCAUCCUAAACACUCUGUCAUUCCCCUUCGCCACCGCGUGGUGCAGCUCCUGCCCCUCACCGAGCCCCCCUAAGAAGCCGCCGACGCCGCCGAGCCCCAGCAACGGAGGCGGCAAGUGCCCCAUCGACGCCCUCAAGCUGGGAGUGUGCGCCGACGUCCUGAGUGCCCUCCUCAACGUCACGCUGGGGAAGCCGCCCAAGGAACCCUGCUGCCCCCUCCUCUCCGGCCUCCUCGACCUCGAAGCCGCCCUCUGCCUCUGCACUGCUCUCGAUCUUAAUCUUCUAGGGUCGCAUCUCAACGUUCCCCUCGACCUCAGCCUACUACUCAACUACUGCGGCAAGAGAGUCCCCAAAGGCUUUCAGUGCCCUUGAUUGCCUGCCCUCCCUAGCUUUCAUACAUGUAGCAAAAAUAAUAAGGUUCCUAUAGUUAGGACAUCUAGCUAUAGGCCAGGUAUGGAAUGCAAUAUUGUGGACUAGUUUGGUUUGUAUAUGUAACCCAACCGAUAUUACUAUUGAAUCUGCUGAUUCGUACA